CUGCAAGGUAUAUAAAGAAUUGAAUCACGAAAACAACUGCAAAGUUUAUGCUAAGUUUGCUGCUAAGUUAAAUAUUAAAUAUUUUGUUAGUUUGAACUUACUUUUAAUUUAAUAUAAUGGAUAAAAAUGAGGGCUGGAAUAAGAUAUUGUAUGAAAUACUUCAAUGUUCUAUAUGUUUGGAAAUACCCAAGGGAAAGAUUUUACAGUGUACGAAUGGACACCACAUCUGUCACUUCUGCUUUAAAAAAGUGCUAAAGUGUCCAAUAUGCAGCGAAGAUUUUAUUACAACCAGAAACUUACUCGCAGAACAACUAAUUGAUAAUCUUGAACACAUAAAGGAAUCAGUAGAAAAUCAAUUAAAACAGGUGGAAAAGAAAUGUUUACAACGCAUUGUUGACUAUGAAAAGAAGAUGUUUCAGAAAGAACUUGAAAGUAUUUCCACACAAACAGAUGCAGUAAUUAAAUUUAAUACACAAACAAAUGGAAGAACACAUCACAAUUGUAGACAAAACAAUAAAAGCAAAUAUACAAUACAUGCCACUGCUUCAUAUCCUUGCUGUGUCAAGUCAUGCAUGCAUAAAUUACCUUAUGCAGUACUUAUAAAACAUUUAAGAAAAUGUCAUGAAAAUAUAUUUUAUGAGAUUUAUCAAGAUAAUAAAAGAUUUUCAAAGUCAUGUAUAAUAAAGAUAGAUACAUUGCCAAAAGAGUAUAAUGUUGCUCUUAAUAUAAGUAAUAUGGCGUUAUUCUUUUUUAAAAUAAUGAUUCGUAAUGAUGAGGAACUACAAGCAAAUAUACAGCUUGUGGAUGACCAUGUCUCACCAGAACAGUUUCAAUGUGAACUCAUGCUUAAAAACAAAAAUUUACACUUGCAGCGUUAUAUGACGGUAGUAUUAUGCCACUAUGAAAAACCAUAUCCUCUUUGCCUGACAGGGAGUGAGGUGUCUUGUCUGAUGAAGUGUAAAUCAUUUGAAUGUACAUUAAUAAUAGAGCGAAGGAAUUUGUAAAAAUGGUAGUAAAUUAUAACUGCCAAAUCAUUUUCAUUAAAGUUUAAUAUAUGUAUUUGAAAAUAAUCGAAAGUAACUUUUCUCUCUUAGUCAUUUCAACAAAAUUACUUUUUGUAUUUGUUACAUUGAAUUUCUUUCUCAUUUUUACAAUGUUAUACACGCUAUUUUAUACUACUCGUUCUAUUCAAUUUCAACCUAAAAAUUUACCAAUAUAUUGUUUCCCUUGCUGAUAAAAAGACAUAAAUAUAUUACAUGUUCUUCGUACAUUGUG